AAUAAUGGAAAUGCGGUUUGUUCUUAGGCUGCCCUACGGCGCACAGAUGUCGUUCUGGAAGUUGGCCCAGGAACCGGUAACCUGACAGUAAAGAUGCUAGAGAAAGUAAAAAAAGUUAUUGCUUGUGAAAUCGACCCUAGACUUGUUGGUGAGCUUCAGAAGAGAGUCCAGGGCACGUGUCUGGCAAACAAGCUUGAAAUCAAGGUUGGAGAUAUCUUGAAAACAGACUUACCAUUCUUUGAUGCAUGUGUGGCUAACUUGCCGUACCAGAUUUCUUCACCUUUUGUUUUCAAGUUGUUGCUUCACAGACCUUUUUUCAGGUGUGCCAUACUUAUGUUUCAAAGGGAAUUUGCACUUCGCUUGGUUGCCAAACCAGGAACUAAACUAUACUGCAGACUAUCCAUUAAUACCCAGUUACUAGCUCGAGUGGACCAUCUGAUGAAGGUUGGAAAGAACAACUUCAGGCCUCCUCCCAAAGUUGAAUCCAGCGUUGUCAGAAUAGAGCCAAAGAACCCACCACCACCAAUCAACUUCAAGGAGUGGGAUGGUCUGGUAAGGAUAGCCUUUGUUAGGAAAAACAAGACACUCUCCGCAGCAUUUAAGUCCAGUGCUGUAGAGCAGUUGCUGGAUCAUAAUUACCGAAUUCACUGUUCCUUACAUAAUACAGAAAUACCUGAAAACUUCAAAAUUUCAGAGAAAAUACAGUCCGUCCUAAAAAAUACAGGUUACUCUGAAAAACGAGCCCGUUCGAUGGAUAUAGAUGACUUCAUUAGACUGCUGCAUGGCUUCAAUUCAGAAGGCAUCCACUUCUCAUAGGCUCUGCCAGAAGAAUGAAAGAUGUUCUGUGUUCUGUCGCCAAAGUCUUACCUAAGCCAGAGCGACAGCAGUGGGACAAGCUCCUAUCGCAAAAGCAGUGAACAGAAUACGGCAUACGCACUCUGGUUCUCAGUAAAACCUUACAUGCAGUUUUAUCACAGAUAGUAGGCAAGAAGCUGCCGCUUUGUAUUUUAAAAGCGACAAAUUCUUUCACAACUGAAGUGAGUUGCUGGACUUCCACAUGACUGUAUUUUUAAAUAUACCCAAUAACAUGGACUGAUGCUGCCUCAUUGAAAUCUGUGUUCUCUGAUCAUGGACAUCAGUCUAUUCAGUCUGUACUGUAUCUCACCACAUUCUUGCACAAUACUCAACAGUACAACGCGUAAGUCUGGUCUGGGCAACAAAAACAGAG